AUGGCCUCCGAUGCCACCGCCUCGCCGGCCGAGCUCUACGACUCUACCAUGACGGUCCCCUCCGACUCCGAGAACUACUCCGCGAACCAUGAGAUGUCCUCUUCAUCCACAAGCUCGCCUAUGAUUCUCUACAAACCGCCAACUAUCUGGGGUAUCCUACGCGGCGCAGCUAUCAACCUCUUCCUCCCUUUUGUCAACGGCUUGAUGCUUGGUUUUGGCGAGUUGUUCGCACAUGAGGCUGCCUUCCGGCUGGGGUGGUCUAACACCAAGAUCUUCCCUACAUAUCGCCGGUCACACUCAGUGGGCCCUGGAGUUGAGCUUCGGGAGCUUCCUUCAGAGCGGAGACGCACCCCUGCUGGACUGAAGGAUACCGCAUCUCUGGAGUAA